CGCGGCUUCUAUUUGCGGUUAGCCUCACCUCGGCCGGAAACACGCCGCAAGCCGAUUUUCAAGAUACGUCCAUGUCCUCGAAGACACCUAUUCCGAAGCCUUCGUCAACUCGCCUUCUUCACGCGCAUCCUCGACAUUGAAAUGCGCCAUGGCGCCUCUUGUCGAUAAUCCCCUGAUCGCAUCCGCGACUCUUCACAAUCCUUUACCGCUCUACCUCCAUACCUAUGUCUGGCCUUUUGCGCUCAUCUGGCCCAUCUUCCUGCGAUACUACCUCUCGGAAGACCUAUACAAUAAGCAUAUUGGAGGUCAAGAAUGGACAUUCGUUUGGUGCGGAACAAUCAUCACGGCGCAAAGUCUGGUCUGGCUGAGCACCAACUGGAAUGUUAACCUGAAGGCUCUCUUUACCUCGACUACGGCAACCAAAGUCGAGGAUGCCAAGCUGAUCAAGGUUCUUCCGGUUGCAAAUGCUGGGUCUGCGGAGAUCUGCAAGAUUGAUAGGGACACCGCUGGUGGCAAGAAGAAUGUCUCCUUUCUCUUUCAGAAACGGCGUUUCCUCUACAAUCUAUCCACGAACUCCUUCGCUCCUCUGACCUACGCUAUCGACGCCAAUCCGAAGCCUCUGCUCCUCAACUUCCAGCGAUCGAGAGGUAUCACCACCGAAUCCGAGAUUUCUCGUAUUCAUCAGCAUUAUGGCGACAACACCUUCGAUAUCCCGGUGCCCACCUUUUUGGAACUGUUCAGGGAACACGCUGUGGCGCCUUUCUUCGUCUUCCAGAUUUUCUGCGUUGGAUUGUGGAUGUUGGAUGAAUACUGGUACUACUCGCUCUUUACCCUCUUCAUGUUGGUCGCCUUUGAGAGCACGGUUGUCUGGCAACGCCAAAGGACACUGAAUGAGUUCCGAGGAAUGAGCAUCAAGCCUUAUGAUAUAUGGGUUUACAGGAAGAACAAAUGGGAAGAGACUCAGAGUGACAAGCUUCUGCCUGGCGAUUUGGUAUCUGUCGGACGUACAAAGGAGGACAGUGGCGUUGCCUGCGAUAUGCUCCUGGUCGAAGGAAGUGCUAUUGUGAACGAGGCAAUGUUGUCGGGAGAAUCCACCCCGCUGUUGAAGGACUCGGUUCAACUAAGGCCAUCGGACGCCAGAAUCGAACCGGAAGGACUCGACAAGAACGCUUUUCUGUACGGUGGAACCAAGGUUCUACAAGUCACGCAUGGAAACUCCGAAGAAGCUAGACCUCAACUUGCCUCUGGUGUUCCACCUCCUCCCGAUGAUGGGGCCAUGGCUAUUGUUGUCAAGACUGGAUUUGAAACCUCCCAAGGAAGUUUGGUUCGAACUAUGAUUUACUCCACGGAACGUGUCUCAGCCAACAACGCCGAGGCUCUGUUGUUCAUUCUCUUCUUGUUGAUCUUUGCGAUUGCAGCCUCCUGGUAUGUUUGGGACGAAGGUGUCAAGAAGGACAGGAAGCGAUCGAAGCUUCUCCUGGACUGUGUCUUGAUUGUUACCAGUGUCGUACCUCCGGAACUUCCCAUGGAACUCAGCUUGGCUGUCAACACCAGUCUUGCUGCUCUCAGCCGCUACGCUAUCUAUUGUACGGAACCUUUCCGCAUUCCUUUUGCUGGACGAGUCGAUGUCGCUUGUUUCGACAAGACUGGAACCUUAACCGGAGAGGACUUGGUUGUGGAGGGAAUUGCAGGUCUCGGCUUGGAUCACACAGGAACUGAUACCCCUCGCGAGAAGGAUGGUGCUCACAGCCACAUCACCCCUGUUUUGGAAGCUGGAUUACAGACAACCCUCGUCCUUGCCACGGCACACGCUUUGGUCAAACUUGACGAGGGAGAUAUUGUCGGUGAUCCUAUGGAGAAGGCCACUUUGAGCUCUCUUGGCUGGACUCUCGGCAAGAAUGAUAUUCUCAGCAGCAAGACCAUGUUCGCAGCCAAAGGUGCAUCUCAUAGUACUGCCUCAAACACAGUUCAAAUCAAGCGACGUUUCCAGUUCUCAUCUGCAUUGAAACGUCAAAGCUCUGUAGCAACGAUCAUGGAGCAUCACCCAGAAACUGGCAAGAAGAUCAAGAGCACUUUUGUUGGUGUUAAAGGAGCUCCCGAGACCAUCAUGAAGAUGCUGGUCAAGGUUCCAACUGAUUACGAGGAGACUUUCAAGUACUUCACUAGAAAGGGAUCCCGUGUUCUCGCUCUGGCUUACAAGCGACUGACUACCGACACCGAGCUUGGCUCUGGCAAGAUCAACGAGCUGAAGCGUGAGAAUGUGGAGGCUGACUUACACUUUGCUGGCUUUUUGGUUUUGCACUGCCCUUUAAAGGAUGAUGCCAAGAAAUCUGUCCAGAUGCUCAACGAAAGCAGUCACCGUGUUGUCAUGAUCACGGGUGACAACCCGCUCACUGCCGUCCACGUCGCUCACGAGGUUGAGAUCGUCGACAGAGAUGUCCUUAUCCUGGACGCCCCUGAACACGACGACUCUGGGGAGAAUCUGGUCUGGAGAAGUGUUGACGAUUCCAUCAGCAUCCCUGUUGACCCCACUAAGCCUCUUGACCCGAAAAUCAUUGGAAACAACGAUCUUUGCGUUACUGGAUACGCUCUUGCGAAGUUCAAGGGUCAAGUUGCUCUCUCAUCAAUCUAUCGCUAUACUUGGGUGUAUGCUCGAGUUUCACCGAAGCAGAAGGAAGAGAUUCUGAUGGGCCUCAAAGAUCUUGGGUACUAUACUCUCAUGGCUGGUGAUGGCACCAACGAUGUCGGUGCUCUCAAGCAGGCGCAUAUUGGUGUGGCGCUGCUGAACGGAUCUCAAGAUGACCUCAACAGGAUUGCUGAGCAUUUCAGAAACACGAAGAUGAAGGAACUUUAUGAAAAGCAGUGUCAAAUGAUGGCCCGCUUCAAUCAACCCCAUCCCCCAGUCCCAGUUCUCAUCGCUCACUUAUAUCCUCCUGGACCCACGAACCCACACUACGAGACAGCAAUGAAGCGAGAGGUCGAGAAGAAGGGAACUGCCGUUGCUCUCAACGAAACUGCUUUGGCUGAUAAAACCAACACCAUCGAGACUGUGACGUCACCAGCAGCUCAAGCCCUCCUCGAUGCCAAACAGCCGAAAAUGAACGACGCUCAAAAGAAGGCUAGCAGCCUGGCUGACAAGUUUACUCAAAGCAUGAUGGAGAUGGAGCAGGAGGACGAGCCACCCACUAUCAAGCUUGGCGAUGCUUCAGUUGCUGCUCCUUUCACUAGCAAACUAGCCAACGUCAUCGCCAUUCCCAACAUCAUUCGACAAGGCCGCUGCACGCUCGUUGCAACGAUUCAGAUGUACAAGAUUCUCGCUCUCAACUGUCUCAUCAGCGCCUACAGUCUUAGUGUGUUGUACCUGGAGGGCAUCAAAUUCAGCGACGGUCAAGUCACAAUCAGUGGAAUGCUCAUGAGCGUCUGCUUCCUGUCCAUCUCCAGAGCCAAGUCCGUCGAGGGUUUGUCGAAGGAACGUCCUCAACCUAACAUAUUCAACUUUUACAUCAUUGGAUCUAUUUUGGGCCAGUUCGCCGUCCAUAUCGUGACUCUGAUCUAUGUCGCCCGUUAUUGCGACAAGCUUGCUCCACGUGAUCAAAACAUUGAUCUCGAAGGCGAAUUUUCGGAAUCCUUGUUGAACAGCGCCGUGUAUCUUCUCCAGCUUAUCCAGCAGAUCUCCACGUUCGCCAUCAACUACCAAGGCCGUCCCUUCCGCGAAGCACUCUCCGAAAACCGCGGUAUGUACUGGGGCAUCAUCGGCGUCUCCGCCAUCGCUUUCUCCUGCUCCACGGAAUUUAUCCCCGAGAUCAACGAGAAGAUGCGCUUGGUGCCCUUUACGUCGGACUUCAAGACCACUCUCACCACAACCAUGAUCCUCGACUACGUCGGAUGCUGGGUUAUUGAGAAGGGGUUGAAGGCCGCAUUUAGCGAUUAUAAGCCUAAGGAUAUCGCGAUCCGCAGACCGGAUCAGCUGGAGAGGGAGAAGAAGAGGGCUGAGGAGGCGAUUCAGGAGAAGAUGAGGCUCGAGGAGGAGGCAGAGCAGAAGAAGAUUGAGGCAAUUGAGCGCGCGCUGGCGGAGAAGGGGAUCAAUCCAGGCACGAGGAUUGUGCGGAAGUAGGAGUGUAUAGUGAGUGAUAGACUGUAGUUUAUAGAAUUUUCUCGCAUUAUUGGUCGAAUCCACUUCUACUGGAUGUUUGGCUGCACAUCUUCUCUCCCCUUCUCUCACAAUCUUGUACAUUGAGAUGCCCCUCGGACGGCCGGGAGCAUAUCUUUAUUGUUUUUAUAUUUGUGGAACCGAAGCAAAUCCUGCAUAGAAGGGUUUUUGCAAUCCGUCUAAUAUUCCAUGCGUCUCUGGAUAAUUGAAACCUCG